AUGAUAAAGCGAGAGGAAGGUGGUAGAAACUUGUUUGCAGGUCCAAGUGCCCUCGCUCAUUAUGCUCAGAAACCGAAUGCAUCACCAUAUGUACCUAGAGAGAAGAAAGGGUACUAUUGUGAACAUUGCAAACGUGCUGGUCAUACUAAGGAUCGGUGUUGGAUUCUGAAUCCGCAUUUGAAGCCCUCUCGUUACAAGGAGAACCCAAAACGUGGCAUGGCCAUGACUGUAGGCCAUGAGCAACCUUCUAUUGAUCCCCCCAUGUCGUUCACCACUGAUGAAUUAAAGGGAUUCAAACAGCUUCUCUUAGCCUUGAACAACAAGGAAUCUGGAUACUAAGACGGAUCAAAUUUUCGGACAAGGCAUAAGGAAGGGCAGCCUUUAUUAUCUUGAAGAUUUUCAUUCUAGUUUUCUUUCGAUUUCCCCGGAUGUGUGGCAUGCUAGAUUAGGUCACCCUCAUCACAAAGUUUUGAAUUUGCUUAUUCCCGAAGCAAAAAACAAUGCUCGAUUUUGUGAAGCAUGUACACUCGGAAAACAUUGUCGUUCUAUUUUUCCAGUUUCAUUAACUACUUAUGACAAUGUGUUUGAUCUGGUUCAUUCGGAUAUAUGGACUUC